AUGGGAGACCCUUUAGGCGCUUCCCGUAAUGGUCGCACUUGGGAGGAUGCGCUUGAGCACUUAUACUUCAGUCAGCUAGGGCAAUCAACAAAAACACAGAUAGAAGAGCAUUCUCGAAACCAGCGUCUGCAGCUGAGAGACAUUGGUGCACUUAAAAGUUUCGAAAAAAAUGUCAGUGACGACUUAAUCAGGAUUUUCUUUGAGAUGUGCUACCCUCAGUGCCCUAUAUUUGACCGAGCGGACUUUCAGCAUAACUAUGAGGCUGGGAGGGUGUCACCGCUGGUUUUGCAAGCUGUGUUCUUCCUGGCCCUCAAUCAUUGCAGUGAAGAACUCUAUAAGCGUGCUGGCUUUGCAAAUAGAUAUUUGGCAACAUUUACAUGUUAUCAGCGAGCGAAAACUUUGUACGACACCAACUACGAAUCUGACGCUAUAGCGACUCUUCAAGCGGUUUAUUUGUUGUCAUUCUGGUGGGGAAGCCCGAUGGAACAGAAGGAUAUGUGGCAUUGGACUGGCAUCGCAUGUAAUCGAGCACAGUCCCUGGGAUUGCAUCAAAGUGUGGAGAUGUUAGGCGAAGAUGACUUCGAAAUAUCAGAUGAUGACUUGAUCAACCCUGAUCUGUUUCGAGAACCGACACGUCAAAGCCGGCUUUACUUUAUCUACUUAGCAGAACUGUAUUCGCGAACUGGGGCAAAGUUCAAUGAGCCGUUAGCUCUCAAAAGCCUGGACGAUCUUACGUCGUGGAAAGCGUCCCUUCCAAGAGAAUUGAAGCAUCGAGAAUCCACAGUUUCUGUGGAAGAUGGCCUUUGGGCCACCCUGGUCAAUCUAAGUUACUUGUAA